CCAAUUUGCCUUUCUUCAACCCCCGCUGGCUGCAGCUGGGGCCGCUGCGCACCCAGCGCAAGCCGCUGGCCCUGUGCCUGCUGGAGAUGGUGCUGCUGUACUUCAUCGUCGGCGGCGUGGCGCUGCUGCUGGAGCGCCGCGUGGGGCAGAUUGCACCCAGGGCUGGGAGUUCUAUGCCAUCACGGGGGCGUUGUUCCUGACACUGGCAUUCCGGGUUUCGUCUAUCGUUUCCUGA